CGUUGACCGCUUUAACGACUCCUCGAUUUCAUUCCCUCAGACGCACCGCAGACCUGCACGACCAUGAGCGCACUAACAGAAAACCCGUUCGCGUCCACGCAUUCCCUUGACGCGAACCCUUUUGAGGACCCAGUUCCACUGUCAGGACAUACGUCGCCACAACCGAGUUACCCUAGCCCGCAACAUGCCGUGCGGCUAGAAGAGUUGAACGAGAGAGAGAGGGAUCUCGAACGGAGAGAACAGGAACUGACACAAAAGGCCGAGCACAUACGGAGGUUCGGGCGAAACAACUGGCCGCCGUUCUAUCCGCUCAUCUUCCACUCUAUCCCGGAAGAGAUACCUGAACAUCACCGUCCACUCAUGACCCGUCUGUACCAGCUAUGGUUCGUCCUCGUAGGCACACUCGUCGUGAACAUGGUGGCGUGUAUCAUCAUCCUUGCUUCUGGGUCAAGCAAUGGGGCGAGCGACCUAGGGUCAAGUAUUGGGUACUUGAUAGUGAUCCCGCCUCUUUCAUUCCUGCUAUGGUACAGGCCCAUCUAUAAUGGCUAUAUGAAAGAACAAGCACUCUAUUACUACUUUUACUUUGUCUUCUGCGGCUUCCACCUCGCUUAUUCACUCUAUAUGAUUAUUGGUAUUCCGAGUACUGGAUCUGCCGGACUGAUCCAAACCAUCCAGAUGUACGUCAAAGGCCACAUCGCUGCGGCUAUCGUGGGUACUGUAGCAUCCGUGGGGUGGGUGCUGCAAGGGGUCGGGAACGCGUUGUACUACCGGCAGAUUUGGGCGCACCAUAAGUCGGCCGGCCACUCAAUGGAGAAGGCGAAGACAGAGUUGGCCGCACACGGGGCGAAGGCGUACUUCACACGGGGUUAGGACGUCAGCGAUUUAUGUGCUUCGUGUAAUUGCUGCUACAAUACUGCUAUUCCUAUGUAUGGAUGCGCGCUCUGCGGACGCGCCGGCAUCUUAUCUUGCAAUGCGAGCAGUGGGUGAGAUC